UUCACACUUCCUGUUUCCUUUCCCCUAUUGCUUUCAGAGAAGAAGGCGUCAGCAUGAAGACCAUCAAUUCUUUCCAGUUGGUCAAAGUUCCGGACAAUGUGUCCGUCACUGUCAAGUCCAGGGCUAUCACAGUGAAGGGACCACGUGGAACUUUGGUUCGCAAGUUCCGUCACUUGCCUGUUGACAUUUCAAUGCCCCAGACCAAAGUUCUGAAGGUGGAGAAAUGGUUUGGCAAGCACAAAGAGCUGGCAGCUGUCAGGACCGUGUGCUCUCAUGUGGAGAACAUGAUCAAGGGAGUCACUCUGGGAUUCCUUUACAAGAUGAGAGCUGUGUAUGCUCAUUUCCCCAUUAACGUGGCUAUCAGCAACAACAACACCAGCGUGGAGAUCAGAAACUUCUUGGGAGAGAAGUUCGCUCGCCAUGUGAACAUGUUGGACGGUGUUACCUUCAAGCCAUCUGGCAGCAAGGACGAGUUUGUCCUGGAGGGAAAUGACCUGGAGCUUGUUUCAAGAUCAGCUGCCCUCAUUCAGCAGUCCACAUCCGUCAAGAAGAAGGAUAUCAGAAAGUUCUUGGAUGGUAUCUACGUCUCUGAAAAGACUACCGUGGUCACGGAUAUAUAAAUUUAGUUACCAAUAAAAUUUGGUAUGGUCCACGAA